AUGGAGAGUGCAGCUGCAGGUCUCCCGCUCCAGGCUUCGUCGGGUCCCGUCUGUCAUCGCUCCCGGGGCGCCCGGCGGCAGCAGCGGCAGCGGCAGCGGCAGCGCCCGCUCCAGCCGAGGGAGCACCUGGAGAGCAACCCUGCUUUAUGGAGGCCCUGGAUGCUCACAGCAAGAGAUGGUGAGAUGACAGAAAAUCAACAAAUGUCAGAACUGGAUGGUCAACUAAUAAAUUUUAGAUCAAAAGGAGGUCUGGGGUUUCAACAUCCAGUGAGACUUUAUUUGCCCAAGUCCAAAUCCCAAAAGUUUCUUAGUAACAUUGGAGAGAAGGUUCUGGCGAGUUUUCCAGUGCAGGCUACAAUUCACUUCUACAAUGAUGAUGCCAACUCUGAGGAAGAUGAAGAAGAAAUAAGUUCAGCCUAA